AACGGGAGGACUGGGAGCGGGAUCCGCAUCGGAACGCGUGUCCCUACCGCAGUCCCUCACUCAGCCCCUUGCCAUGGCCGCCGCCACCUGGCGCUACCGUGGGGACCCCGAGGGGGAGCGGCCGGCGGCGCUCGUGCGGUUCGCCCACGGGAAGCUGCAGCGCCCCGACUCCCUGCGCUUCACCGUGUACCGGAACCGGGACACGGCGCAUCCCCGGAAGAAGCACCGCAGGAUCCUGGUCUCGGAGACAGAGCGGCUCUGCUACGUGGGGCACAACUUUGGAAGUGAGGUCAUGAAGUGUAACACCCUGUGCAGGUACUUCGUUGGUGUGUUAGACAAGAACUCUGGGCAGAUGGAGGUCUACAAUGCUGAAAUAUUCAACAUGCAGCCCCUGCUCUCAGAUAACCCCCUACCUGACGACACAAAGGAUUAUCAGAACAAGUCCUACAGGGAGAAGAUGGAUUUGUGCAUUGAGGCCUUUGGAACCAGCAAACAGAAGCGAGCUCUGAGCUCUCGCCGCAUGAAUGCUGUGAGCAGUGAUAUUGUGAGCACAGCUGUGACAAAAGCAGCUGCCAACGUUAUAGAUGCCAAGGGAGUCACAGCUCUGGUGCAGGAUGUGGCCCAGGAUGAUGUGCAGAACAUCUCCGCCUUCCUGCCCCCGUGCUACGAGGACGCCGACAGACCAGAGCACAUUUACAAGUUUGAGGACAUCCUGUCUCCUGCUGAGUAUGAGGCACUGCGGGUGCCAGCAGCUGCCCUGGCCAGCAUCACUGCAGAGGAGAUGGCCAAGAGAGCAGAGGAGAGAAGCCUCUGCUCCUUUGUUUUGGAGGAGCUGAAGUUCCUGCCCACUGAUGAGAAGAGUAGAGACCACAAAGCCCGAUGCCUCUGGUUCCUGGACGCCCUCAUCAAGUUCAGUCACCUGAAAGUGAUCAAGAAGAAGCAUCCAAUGGGUCCUGAAUGCCCACACAUCAUCAGCAGGAAACUCAUGAAGAAUUUCAGCUCACUGACCUACAACAAUGGCAGCAUCCAGAACUUAAUCUCUGCAUCCAUGAAGGCUAAAAUCACUGCAUAUGUCAUUGCCUUGGCUUUGCACAUUAACAACUUCCAGACAGAUCUCACCGUCCUGCAGAAUGACAUGAAGCUCCCAGAGACCAGGAUCCUAGACAUCGCCAAGGCCCUGCGACUCAGGGUGUCCAAGGCCAAGGGGCUGCCAGGGCUGGAGAAUGACCAGAACCACAAGCUGGGCACUCUGUCUCUGCCCUUGCCCACGCAGAAGGCAGCAGAGGGACAACGGAAGCGCAGGAAAAUGAACUGAGGAGCCCAGCAGGGCUGACGGGAGGCACAGUCCCUCCUGUAGAAUGUCUUGGGGAUGCCUUCAUCUGCUGGGUUUGGGUCCAGCAUCAGCCCUCACCCUGCUGAAACCCAAGCUGAGGGUUUCACCUCAUUAAAAUGCUGCUUUUUUUCUAUUUAUGUAGAAAAAGCUAUAAAACCUCUUUUUUUCCAGUUUGUCUGGGGUGGGAGGUGAAAUGGAGGUUGUGCUGGAGCACAAGGGAACAGUUUGAGGUGGCAAGUUCUCCCCUGACACCUGUGUGGCUGGUUCUGGCUCGUGGCCCCUCCCAGGAUCAAGGUCAGAAGCAGGGAGACAAAGAGUGUGACUUACAUACAC